UGUUGGCCUAUUAUCUUCAACUUUAAAUGUUCCUAUAAACCCAUUGAGUGUAAGGGAGACUUGGUCAAUCAAUAUUUAUUUGACCUACAGUAUGUUGCCUGUCCUCCACUGACAACUAACACAGUUAAAUAUUUACUUUUCUGGUUACUGAAUAAAGGAGCCUUUCCUCAAUGCCAUGCACUGGACAUAUUGAAAGGGAAACAAAAGAUGACGCUAUAUAUUCAGAAUUAGCAUAACAAACGCAGGAGCUUGAACUGACUCUCGGCUCGUCAUGGCGGCACAGACCCGGGCUUUGGUGUCCUGUCAGUGGCUGGCAGAUGCAAUCAGAAAUAACCUGGUCGGACCCAAACUUCGCAUACUCGACGCGUCAUGGUACCUCCCCAAAACCAAGCGCAACCCGAGGGCAGAAUUUGCGCAAAAACACAUCCCAGGUUCCUCGUUAUUCAACCCGGACAACUGCAGAGACAAGACUUCUGCUUUUGAUCACACGCUGCCAACUUCCAGCCACUUCUCCCAGUAUGUAGGAGAUCUGGGCAUCGGGAAUGACACACAUGUAGUUGUGUAUGACACCAGUGACUUCGGGCCGUACUUCGCGCCCCGGGUGUGGUGGAUGUUCCGGUUGUUUGGACACGGUUCUGUGUCGGUGCUGGACGGGGGCUUCAAGAACUGGCUGGCUGAGGACCAUCCGGUGACUUCUGAAUACUCCAAGCCGGAGUUUAGUGAGUUUAAGGCGACCCUGAAUGCUUCCUGGGUGAAGAGCUAUGAAGACAUGCUGGAGAACAUCAGGACCAAGAAGGUACAGGUCGUGGAUUCCAGGUCCGCGGGGAGAUACAGGGGUCUGGAGCCGGAGCCCAGAGACGACACACCGCCGGGUCAUUUCCCCGGUACCAUCAACAUGCCGUUCCCUUCCUUCAUGGACGCCUCUGGGAAGCAGCUGGACUCUGAAGGCCUGUCCAAACUGUUCAGCGCGGCGGGGGUGGAUCUGCAGCAGCCGCUCUGGGUCACCUGUAGCCAGGGGGUCACGGCCUGCCACGUUGUUCUGGCCGCUGAUAUGCUCGGGCACCCAGGGGUCUGUGUUUAUGACGGCUCCUGGCGUGAAUGGUUUAAAAGAGCAUCUCCGGAGUAUAUCAUAUCAGAGGGAGAGGGAAAGAAGGUGUGAUAAGAAGCAAGGCUCUUAGUUUGACAAGGGAAAGCUUCCAGAAAUAAACAGAGUUCUAAACUUGAGUAUA